AUGCAAUGUGAUGCAAGCAACUUCAUUUUUAUGGCGCCCAGCGAUCUGGUACCGGUGAGCAAGCUGCUAGAAAUUUGGUCAAUGAUCUCGGCACCUGGUACCAACGUCGUCAUCAAUCGAGGCAGUGUUGCAGAUUAUGACACUGUCAAACAGGGGAUUUCGGUUACUAGUCUUCCGAACCUGAUUAGAGGAACCGGUGCGAAGGGAGCCAAUUCUGCGAAUAACGUUAAAUACACACGGAUUAUAGCUACAGCACUUGCUGAGAACAUGAAUAAAGCUGCUUGCGACAAUCCUCUAGUAGAGGCUGUGGAGCGGUUGUAG